AUGUUGAGCUUUAUGAAGUCCCAGCUCCCACCUUUACGGGACACGCUGGCUCAAAUGAGCCUUAGCGAACCAUCCAACCGCAUGCCGGGGGGCAUUCCGUUAGACGACGUGAGCUCGCGCAAAUCACUGGUGUCGGAAGAUGCUCACGAGCAUGACACCAAUAUGGAGCAUGGAGCUCAUGCUGCAUCUGUACACGAUCAUAAAGAAGAAGAGGAGGAAGAUUCAUUCACAGAUACAAGCGUGCAGUCAGAAGUAUUUCUGAUUGUUCAUGCCAACUUGAAGCGCAAAAGCUCUCACCCAUACGACCUGCAGGUGCAGUUAGUGCGCCCCAAAAACCGAGGACGUAGUACGACCACGUCUUCGGCCGGUCAUCACGCGGCCACCAAGGAUGACCAUACGCAGCAGGGCCUUAGUCGGCGUCCGUCCUUUCAAUCAUUCCUAAGCACACAAUCAGGCCGGUCUGAUUCGAAUGAACAAUCGCUCGGACGUCGUAUGAUUCCUAUGUACAACCUUGAUUACCACCAUAUUCGUCCAAAGCUUGUGCUGGAUGCAGGCACAGACCAGGUCAUGGCCAAAUUCUCGAAAAAAGGCAUUGAACUCGAUGGAUUUGGCACGCUUCAUUCCUUCGAAAUUGGCUUUAUCCACGAGCACCAUACAUUUGUGGGUCUCCAAGAUUCGGACGAAGAGUCGAAUUAUACCAAAUCUCUCGAAAGUAUGGAGCAGGGUGCCCCUACUGUGACGGAGCAGCAUCGUGAAAGUCGGUUUAAGCGCCAACUGCGCCGCUUUCAUAAGAAGUUUCAGUCCAAGAGCCGCAGUCCUCCCAAAACGACACGGCUGUCGCCCUAUCUGCGGAACAUGCCCAAGCUCAAGCGUAUCAACUCGGACGAGACAUAUCAAGGUAUGCUGCGUGCGAUGGUCGCUGUGCAAAAUCCACAGGCCACACCUGGAGCGGGUUCUGCGAACGGAAAGAUUACUACGUCGUAUGUGUGGGGUAUUAAGGAGUACGCAAGGCGCGUCACUGAUGAGGAGCGACUUCCGCAUGCCGAGCAUCCAGUGCUGCGGGGCAUCUAUGACGGCAAGGACGAAGCGCAGUCUUUCAAGGUCACGGUAGCUGACGUGAUCUUCGAGCGGAUCUGGCGGCAGUUUAGCUACUACCGCCGCCACAACGUGAAGACGCGCCAUCCAUCGCACGAGGAUGACAUCUCCGUCUGGUUUGAAUGGGUGCGCGACUGGAAUGGUGGUGCUGACAACGAGCACAAUAUCUAUGAUCCCGCUAUCCACGGCCCACUCGAGUCAUACCCAUCGCCUGAUCGAAGUGUGCAUUCGUCUCCCAGCACGUCACCGGCGCUUCUCCCGCGGUCCGAUCACGUCAUGAAGGGGACGGCCGAGAUCGCUGCGACGGAUCUUGGCGUGCCGCACCAAAUGGCCGCGCUGCCUGCGUCUACGCACUCGCAGCAGCACUUGUCGAUUCCUGGAGAAUCUGACCUUGCGAGCUUCUCGUGGACGUGCUAUUUGGUGCUGAAUGGCGACGCACGCAUUCCGAUUGGUCAGCUCAUCCCCGCUCCUCACCAUCCCCUCAUCGCCUGUGAGCUCUUGCUGCCCUCGCCGCUGCCGGGCCUACGUUGCCUUCCUAUCGGUUCUGACAGGAAUGGAUUUUCACGCGAGGAACUCCGCGACAUUGUUACGAUCACCGCUCUGCAUCUGACGCUGCGUGAAAAGCUCGGAUGCCUCAUCGAUACCGCUGGUGGCUGCAGUUGA